UCUAGCGUGUGAUCACGUGAGCCGGUCGCUCGGCGAAGGGAGAGGGAGGCCGGCAAGAUGGCGAAAGUCUCGGAGAUGUACGACGUGACUUGGGAAGAGAUGCGAGACAAAAUGAGAAAAUGGAGGGAAGAGAACUAUCGGAACAGCGAGCAAAUAGUUGAAGUUGGAGAAGAGUUAAUUAAUGAAUAUGCAGCUAAGCUUGGUGAUGACAUUUGGAUAAUAUAUGAACAAGUGAUGAUCGCCGCAUUGGAUUGCAACCGAGAUGACUUGGCAACGUAUUGCCUUCAAGAACUAAGACGGCAAUUCCCUGGGAGCCAUAGAGUUAAACGGUUAACUGGUAUGAAAUUUGAAGCCAUGGAGAGCUAUGAUGAUGCAAUACAGUUAUAUGACAGGAUUUUACAAGAGGAUUCAACAAACACUGCAGCCCGAAAACGUAAGAUUGCCAUUCGGAAAGCCCAAGGGAAAAACACUGAAGCCAUCCGAGAGCUGAAUGAGUAUUUGGAACAAUUUGUUGGGGACCAGGAAGCCUGGCAUGAGCUAGCAGAACUUUACAUCAAUGAACAUGAUUAUGCAAAGGCUGCCUUUUGCUUGGAGGAACUCAUGAUGACUAAUCCGCACAACCACUUGUAUUGCCAACAGUUUGCAGAAGUUAAAUAUACUCAAGGAGGGCUUGAGAAUCUCGAGCUUUCCCGAAAAUAUUUUGCACAGGCAUUGAAACUGAAUAACCGAAACAUGAGAGCAUUGUUUGGUCUUUACAUGUCUGCCAGCCAUAUUGCCUCCAAUACCAAGGCAAGUGCAAAAGUUAAAAAGGAUAAUAUGAAAUAUGCUAGUUGGGCUGCAAACCAAAUCAAUAGAGCUUACCAGUAUGCUGGCCGUAGUAAGAAAGAGACCAAGUAUUCACUGAAAGCUGUAGAAGACAUGUUGGAGGCCCUACAGAUCACUCAGUCGUAAAGCUUACGAAGGAUAACUGGUGGUGACAAGACUUCUUUCUCCAGUUCCAUAACUCAAAUUCUGUCCUCACAGACUUAAAAGUUAAUUUUAAAUACCUGAUUGUUAAUAGUGGUUUCAUGUCAGCAAAAGUUGCUACCUUGAAUGAUACGUUUUAUAAAAAAUAUAAGAUUUCUAUUUAUUGCUUCUAUGAUGAAAAGUCACUGCAGUUAAUAAAAAGAGUAAAUUCUAUUGAACAUCAGUUUCUUCAGACCUGGUAGAGCAAAUGUUUAAGCCAUAACAUGAUGUAAAAAAUUAAUUAAGUGAUAACACAGGAUUAUUUAUUGCACUUGGGGAAGUCUUCAAGAUGUGUACAAAAUAGAAGUCGCCUAUGAAACAUGAACUAUGGAUCAAACUUAAAAGUUCGCCACAAUGAUCAAGUAAUAUUCAGCUGGAUAUUUUGUAUUGCACAAUGCUAUUUAUAUGACUAAUAUAAAAUGGUAGAAAAAUAGUAAUUGCUAGACUUUGGACAUUCUGGAUUAAGUACUGCAUUUAAGUGAAGCCUUAUUGGUAGAGUUACUUUCAUGCUGCUGAUUCUAACCUGCAUCUGAAAUGGCUCCUCCAUUUGAUUUAGAUAAAUGAAGACAAUUUUUAAAAAAAUAUAAAGAUAAUUUAUUAAGCUUGCAUGCCACCCAAUUCACAACAAUCAAAAGAAAUUAUAAUAAAACUAAUUAAAGAUAAAAGGUGGCAAGAGGCAAGAACAAAAUGGAAUUCAGUCAUGCUGAACUGGCUUUAGUAGCCAAUUUGCCUACUUGGAUCCUCUUCAAAAUUGACCAGUUCCAGAGAUUUUGUUAUGCUAUCUGAAAAUACACAGAAAAAUGUACUCAAGGGGAUGGUCAGACAUUGAAUUUCUUCCAUGGCCUUACUAAUGGAUUUCCACUCUACAACAAAUUGUGUUUAUUAUUGAUUCUGUUACUGGGCUUUCAAUGUAGAAGGGCUUUAGGGAGAAUAACUAAUGCUUUCUUUUCAUUUGGAACUUUUCAAAUAUUGUGAAAAAGCAUUUGUUUUAGCUUUUCUGAAUUUGUGCAUAACUUAAAUAUGCUUUCUGCGAAGAGAGAAAAAGGGAAUUAUAUGCAACAUGCUGGUGUGGAAAAGUAAUCACUGCCUUAAAUUCAUAACUAUUUAGUUGCAAAAUCCACCCUUUUCCUAUAACUUGCUUGCGCUGUAGGAAUUUUUGCCCAUUCCUCCACAGCAAACAGCUUUACUUCAUUUUUAAAAAUGCCUUUGUGCUUACUCCACAUUCUUUGUCCAAAUGCCAAUUUCCAUGCAAUAGGAACGUAGUUCAAAAGAAUGAACAUCUGAAAAUGGCUCAAAAUUGAGUUAUCUCAAAAUUGAGUUAAUACACAUAAUAAGUUCCAAAAUGGAUCUGUUGUAGGACAAUGCAAGCCGCUGUUUAAAUGGAAUAGUCUCACUGCAUCUCUUAACUUGACGACCCUGUCACUCAAGUCUUUCUUAUGUAAAUCUAGUGAAUAUGAAAUGUUAUUUUUGAUUGAAUAAAUCUAAGAUGUAUUGAA